AUGGGCCUGAUCUGGCUCCUGCUGCUCAGCCUGCUGGAGCCCGGCUGGCCGGCCGCGGGCCCCGGGGCGCGGCUGCGGCGCGAUGCGGGCGGCCGAGGCGGCGUCUACGAGCACCUCGGCGGGGCGCCCCGGCGCCGCAAGCUCUACUGCGCCACCAAGUACCACCUCCAGCUGCACCCGAGCGGCCGCGUCAACGGCAGCCUAGAGAACAGCGUCUACAGUAUUCUGGAGAUAACAGCGGUGGAAGUGGGCAUUGUGGCCAUCAAGGGGCUAUUCUCCGGACGCUACCUGGCCAUGAACAAGAGGGGACGGCUCUACGCUUCGGAGAGCUACAACGCCGAGUGCGAGUUCGUGGAACGCAUCCACGAGCUGGGCUACAACACCUACGCCUCCCGGCUGUACCGCACGGUGCCCGGUGGACGCGGGGCCCAGCGCCAGCCCAUCGCCGAGAGACUGUGGUACGUGUCGGUGAACGGCAAGGGCCGGCCCCGCAGGGGCUUCAAGACGCGCCGCACGCAGAAGUCCUCGCUGUUCCUGCCGCGCGUGCUGGACCACAAGGACCACGAGAUGGUGCGGCUGCUCCAGGGCUCGGCCGGGUUCCGCGGUGGCCUGUCCAGGCCACCCGGCAGGGCCGCCCAACCCAGGCAGCGGCGGCAGCCACAGCGGGGGCGGCAGCAGGGCCGGGGAGGCCGAGCUUAG